GUAAGAAUAAGGGACAGAACUAAACUCUGUUCCAAAUUCUUAUUCAUUGCGGUUCUCUCCAUUUCUUCCAGCAGCUUGAGCGAGGAGGCAAGGAUGUUUUCUGGUGACGUUCUUUCCUUUUCAAAGACAAGUUUUUUACGAGCUUUCCAUCCAUAUAUUCCAGCAGUUUAUCGCAAGGAGCCUCAUUUCACUUCCACCAUUUUGCCUAGUUCGAAGAGUAUCCAUCAUUGUUUGCCACCAGGGACUUUGAUGGUCCUAAUCAUAGACGAAGCACCGAACGAAGCCUCCCAUAAAGAAGAGACACGAGGAAGAAACAUGUUUUCAUCGGCUGUAACUACCAACUACCAAACUCAACAAAUCUGGGCGGAAUGCUCGAUGCUCUCCACUUUACUGAUGCAGACUUAUUCCUACUUCCCCCCCUUUUAUCUUCUUCACAUUCACACCCUUCUCACCAACGUGAAUAACAACAUCAACAACAACUACUAUGUUAAGUCAGAAUACCUACCCCCCUCUCUCUUUCUCACAACCCUGAAUACCCCCCUCUCUCUCUCUCAGAGUUCCAGCGCCACCAGCGCCCUCUCUGCUCAGAGCUGCUGUUGGCAUUGCCAUCUCAUCCUCGUUGUCAAGCCCGCCUCUGUCUUCGUCGUCGUCGGCCGCCCUGAACUCGUGUCUCUGUCCUCGUCUUCGAUCCCUCUCACGGCGAAGUGCGAACGUCCCUCUCUGCCGCCGUGGACUCUUCUCCUCGCCGUUGCAAACCGUUGCUCUUCGAACGGUUGCUCGAUCCUCUUCAAGCGCGUCCUCUCUCUCCGUGAAUCUCUACCCGAAGCCUCGCCCUCGCGAACUGAUCCUCUUGCGAGUUCACUCUCUGUCCAAUUUCAUUCUGUUACAGCCGUUCCUCCCUCUCCGUGUCUCCGGUGCUGCACUCUUUCUCCUAGCUUUACAUCGUGUUUUCAUUUGUUGUUGUUGUUGUUGUUGGUACCAAUGGAGAUUCCACUCUCACGAUACCAUUCUUACACAUUGGAUCAAUUCCAAAGCGAUUGCUACUUUUCCGCUUUGGGUUCUUCCGGAUCCAGUUACUUUUCUGGUAAAGGUUUCGUCUUUGGGUGUGGUUUACGUUCAAAGGUGAGGAAUUGGAGGAACCACUUUUCCCUUAUUUGUUGUUGCUCCACUGAAAGUGGCAUUCGGAGGCCUAAAUCUUCGAGAAUACCGUAUCAUGAGAAGGUAGAGCCUGUUUUGGAGGACACUCAGAUGAGGAAACCUUCCUUUGUUGGGCUGUGUAGUGAGAUAGAGAAGCUAGUUCUGUGCAAUAGGUAUAGGGAUGCAAUUGAGUUGUUUGAAAUUUUGGAGCUUGAAGGUGGUGGUAGAUAUGUUGGUGCUAGUACUUACGAUGCUUUGGUGAGUGCUUGUGUUGGUUUGAGAUACAUUAGAGGGGUUAAGAAGGUGUUUAAUCUUAUGAUUAGUAGUCGGUUUGAGCUUGAUUUGUAUAUGAUGAAUAGGGUGUUAUUUAUGCACGUUAGAUGUGGUUUGAUGCGUGAUGCGUGGAAGCUAUUCGAUGAUAUGCCAGAGAGAGAUGAGGUGUCAUGGACAAUGAUGAUUGGCGGGCUUGUGGAUUCUGGGAACAAUGAUGAGGCCUUCAGGUUGUUUUUGUGUAUGUGGGAAGAGUUUAAUGAUGGCAGUCCUCACACUUUUGUUACGAUGAUCAAGGCAGCUGCCGGAUUAGGUCUUAUUCAGGUGGGAAGACAAAUUCAUUCAUGCGCUUUGAAGAUGGAGGUGGGAGAUGAUACUUUUGUGUCUUGUGCACUAAUUGACAUGUACAGCAAGUGUGGUAGCAUCAAUGAUGCCUAUUGUGUUUUUGAUCAAAUGCCAAAGAAGACGACUGUGGCAUGGAAUUCUAUUAUUUCUGGCUAUGCACUUCAUGGCUAUAGUGAGGAGGCUCUUAAUUUGUUUUAUGAGAUGCGCAAUAGUGGUGCUAAACUGGACCAUUUUACUAUUUCAACAGUGAUUAGAAUAUGUACAAGAUUGGCUUCAUUUGAACAUGCAAAACAAGCUCACGCGGCAUUAGUUCGUCAUGGUUUUGGCACAGAUUUGGUGGCGAACUCAGCACUCAUUGACUUCUACAGCAAAUGGGGUAGGAUGGAAGAUGCUCGACAUGUGUUUGACACAAUGCACCAGAAGAAUAUCAUAUCCUGGAAUGCAUUGAUUGCUGGAUAUGGAAAUCAUGGCCAAGGAGAGGAGGCACUAGAAAUGUUUGAGCAGAUGCUUCGAGAAAGGAUGGUUCCCAAUCAUGUCACUUUCCUAGCCGUCUUAUCUGCUUGUAGUUACUCGGGACUAUCAGAACGCGGUUGGGAGAUUUUUCAAUCUAUGAGCAAAGAUCACAAGAUUAAGCCCAGACCAAUGCAUUAUGCAUGCAUGAUUGAGCUAUUAGGUCGAGAGGGUCUGUUGGAUGAGGCUUUAGCACUAAUAAGAACUGCACCUUUCCAACCAACAGCAAAUAUGUGGGCAGCAUUGCUGACAGCAUGUAGAAUGCAUGAGAAUUUUGUGCUUGGGAAGUUGGCAGCAGAAAAACUUUAUGGAAUGGAGCCCGAGAAGAUGUGUAACUAUGUAGUACUUCUAAAUAUAUAUAACACCACUGGAAGAUUGAAGGAAGCUGCUGGUGUGUUACAGACCUUGAAGAGGAAGGGUUUAAGAAUGCUUCAUGCUUGUACCUGGAUUGAAGUUAAAAGAUGGCAAAAUGUCUUCCUUUCUGGAGAUAAAUCCCACCCCCAAACAGAAGAGAUAUACCAAAAAGUGGACAAUUUGAUGGAAGAGAUAUCAAGGUAUGGUUACACUGUGGAGGAUGAUGAAGCGCUGCUUCCUGAUGUUGAUGAAGAGGAACAACGUGUUCUGAAAUAUCAUAGUGAAAAGUUAGCAAUUGCUUUUGGACUAAUUAACACCCCGAAUUGGAUGCCUCUACAGAUCAUGCAGGGUCAUCGUAUAUGUCGAGACUGUCAUACUGCAAUUAAGCUUAUAGCCAUGGUGACAGGAAGAGAAAUUGUGGUAAGAGAUGCUAGUAGGUUCCACCAUUUUAGAAAUGGAAGUUGUUCUUGUGGAGAUUAUUGGUGAUGACGAAAUUGUGUCAUUCAAUUCACAAGGACAUGUUACUCACUUCCAUCCUUUCCCUGAAACUAAACCUCAGUUUUGACUAGGAUGCAAUCCUAUAAUUGGUGUAAUUCUUUUUUGAGAUUCUUUAAUAAAAGACCUAUCAUACAUCCAAGAUUUUGCACUGAUUUGUUCUUUUAUGCAGAGGGAUAAGUUUGAACAGUUCCUUUGGUUAUGUGAAAUGUUUUGUUAUUUGACUUCAAAUUGUGCUAUAGUUCUUGCAUACUGAGUCCCUAAAAACCUCUGAUAGUAUUCACAGUACUCACUUGUUUAUGUACGCAAUUGCAAAUUGUUUCAAUUUUAGUGGCUCAACAACCCCCCCCCCCCCCCCCCUUUUCUAAUUUAUUUAUGUGAUAACCAUAUUUGAGGUUUAGCAUCAUUAUACAUAAUAGGCCUUCAGCUGCAUUUAUCAGUUACUUAUCACCCUCUCAAGUCUCAAGUACAAGAUUUGGAGAGAGGAAAAAACCUUCUGGUCCUUCUAUUGGAAACGUGGGGGAGUUUUCUUUGUUUUUUUCCAAUUUCUGUGAGAUAGGAACAAGCAUUCACAUAGGGCAUGUCUUGAAUAGUCAAAUUUCACUUCCAAUUGUAGUGCUAUAAAUUAAGGGGUUGGUUUGGUUGCAUUUGUUGUUGUCUGGGUUUGGUGUUUGAUUUUUGAGGAUUUUAAUGUCUUCUUCUGCUGCAUAUCCUGUCUAUGAGGUUGCAAAGGAUGCAGCUGGAGUCGCAGGUACAAACCGUAAUCUUUGUCUUUGUCUCGCUGUUUCUGGGAUUCUGAACAUUCUGGUUUCUUUUGAUGAAUCAAAAGGAACCAACUUUAAAUAUGCUAGUAGUAGUGGAUUAGUAGAUUAUCCUUUACAGGGUUUAGAUUCUCUUUUUAUUUUAUUUUAUUUUAGUAAUAAUCACUAUGUUUAAUUGUUUAUUUUGCAGGGAAUAUCUUUGCUUUUGGGUUGUUUGUAUCUCCCAUACCUACAUUUAGGAGAAUUAUCAGAAAUGGGUCAAUUAAAAUGUUCUCAGGAUUGUUGUAUAUUUACUCUCUCAUGAACUGCUUGAUCUGCAUGUGGUAUGGCACGCCUCUGAUAUUGCCUGAUAAUUUGUUGGUAACGACGAUUUAUUCGAUCGGAGCAGUGUUUCAGUUUGUGUACAUAAUUAUCUUCCUUGUGUAUGCUGAGAAAUUAAAAAAGGUGAGAAUGUUUGGACUAUUGCUGGCAGUUAUCGGCAUUUUUGUGAUUUAGUUGGGAGCUUGCAAGUAAUUGAUUGUCAAACACGCGAAUCCUGGUUGAAUUCUUGAGCUGUGCUUCCCUCAUUUCAAUGUUUGCCUCACCUUUGUUUAUAAUUAAAUUGGUCAUUCAGACAGAGUGUCAAAUUCAUGCCGUUUUAUCUCUGGCUCUCCACCUUCCUAAUGAGCCCCUCCUUUUUGGUUUAUGGAUUGCUCAAUGACGACCUCUUCAUUUAUGUACCAAAUGGGAUAGGAACUGUUUUGGGAAUGUUACAGUUGGUAUUAUAUUUCUAUUACGAGAGUAAAUCUAGAGAAGAAUUUAGAGAACCUUUGAUAGUGUCGUAUGCGUGAUUAGUACUUCCGAAAACAAAAGUGCUAUAACGUGCCAUUGAUAAAUCAACCUGAAAUAUCAUUCAUCAAUGAGAAUAUGCACUUAGUUUCUUCCCAUCUAAACAAAUGACACCAAAUUAGUCCUUCAAAGACCUUAGGCUUCGUUUGUAUACAGGCACGAACUGAGACAGGGACACAGACAUGGAGACACAAUCAUAUUUGACAAAUGAUACAUGAACACGGAUGUUGUGUCCUGAGACACUGAAUUAGUGUAUUUUGUGUCUUCUUUUACAUGAGGGACACAGAAACACCCAUAACAGACAACUUAUUUUUCAUUUUUUUUUUCAUUAUUCUUCCCUUCUUUGGAAAGACUUGUCCUCUUUAACUGCAAGAAUUUGCGUGGAUGGCAAAGGUCAGAAGAUUUCAACAAGACAAAUGAUACUGACAAUCAUCUGUCACUACCUCCUUUUUGUUGUCUCUCUUGGCAAAUCUGGAAUUAGCCAAAUUUGACUUGCAUGCCUACUUCUCCAUCCAUUUUCAAGUUGGAGUUCGGACUGUGCAAUGUGUAGCUGAUGAUUGAAACUUGUUCGGUUCAGCAUCCGUCUUCAUCUGUCAGUCCUCUGUCUUCACUCAAGCACUUGGAAAUAGGAGAAGAAUUGGACAUAGAAGCAAUGCCAAUGGAGUGUUACAAAACUUGCGACAAGUUUGAUUUGUGUAAAUGGGAAAGAGGAUCAUGAUUAAUAUGGCCUUUACCCUCUACUGAGAAUCUCCUUCAGACUUUGUGACGAUUUGAAGGCUUUACUGGAGCUGAUUCACAACCCUUCACUUGCUGAGACAUUUUUUGCUUCAAAGUCCUUGCAUGAAGGCCCUUACUGAUUUACUGGCGCUGUAUCUCAGAUAUUGUGCCUUCUUACUUGCUAUACGCCCGGUUAAAACUGAAGAUUGGUCAAGGAUUGCUCACUUCCCAAACACUAUCAUAGCAAAAGCUGUAUCUUCUGAAGGUAAUGGGCCAAAACUGUAAAACUUAUAAACUAUAUUUAUGGAUUUGUACCUUAUAGCUGUAUUUAUUGCUUACUUCUCUUGGGUUUAACUGCAUUAUUUUUAAGUAUGAAAUUUUGAAACAUAAAGGUUAGGGGUUCUUGAUUGCAUAUUUUCCUUUUUCUUUAUUGAAUAGGAAAAAGGAGACGCCUUUGCUAAUGUUUGAAUAAUGCAUAUGGUUAGCUAAUGUUUCAUCGUAAAUGAUCUUCCUAACGUUUGUGUUAGCAACUAAGAGAAUCCUCACAUGCUUCUUGUAAUUUAUUGUCUAAAUGGUACUUGAAAUUGGUAUGGCGUUGCUGAUUCCAUUUGGACUAUCAAUUCCAAAAGUUAAAAUAAUUUUAUUA